CGCCAUUAUUUCAAGAUGGACGAUUUCGAAGUUGCUCUCGCCAAACAGGUUCGCACGUACAAGCAUCUGUAUGAUCACUCCGUGAGAGAUCAGAGAGACCAUAAUAAGAUCGCGCAGAACUCCUGGAAGGAAGUAGCAGCAGCGUUAAAGAGAGAUGAGUCCAUGUGCCGUAAGACAUGGAAGAACGUGCGCGACCGGUUCGUAAAAGCCAAGAAAAGGUUCAGCAGAAGAGGUGAUCGUGGACGAAACAAACCGGWGCCGACCAUCCUCCUGGAGCUGGAGUGGCUCUCUCAGUUUGUGAAGCACAGAGAAACAGACACCAGCAAGGACAAAAAGGCUGAAGAGAAAUUGCUACGGAGCCGAGUAGAAGAACACACCAUGUGCCUCCCACCCACCACCGACCAUCCAGUUGUGAGGACUCCAGUCUCUCAUGCGUCUCCACAUUCCACCACCGAGCCGAUUCCCAUCCGUCCACCAGAGCCGUCCCUCCACACAACACUUCCCAGAUCCUUGCCGGAGUCAACCAGUAGCAGCAGCACCAGUCCCAAUACAUCUUCAYGUGACUCUUCAAACCCCAUCGCCUUGGGCCCAACAGCUCACAGUCCCUUUGGACGACCAAGCAAACGAAGGGCUUGUGACCCACUGGUGAGGAGGCUUGAACUGAUCAAUCGGGAGAUGGACAGGAUCAACCAGGAAAAGGAGAGGAUCAGUCUGGAGCACGUCGAUCAGCCUGGGAACGAGGACAAACAUUUUAGUGCUGUUGUCGCUGACUUGUUAUCUAGAAUUCACGCUGACCACAAAUCAGCAGUGAAAUUCAAGAUACACCAGUUGUUGUUCGAAGCAGAGCAGAACUACCCUGUMGAAAAGUAGCAGCAUUUGGUAAUUGUUUCUCAAACCAUUCUAAAACAGGGUUUUGCAAUAUUUGUUUUUUGUUUUGUAUUAAAAUAUUUUAAAAAAAACUUAAUUUGACACUC